GACAGAGGGGCUGGGCUAGCUAAACUCAGCGCUAACUGCUGCCUACCCUGUUGUGUGCUCAACACGGGAGAUCGCCCAGAGGGAAGCCGCUGAACCAUGUUCUGUUCCCUGCUGCCGGGCUGCGUCCACCUCCUAAUCCUUUUAAGUUUGGGCAGCGAGUCCCUGUCCAGGGAAGUUUGUUCAGGUUUUGAAAACAAACUAAAUUUGCUGGCAAAUGAGGAUAACCAUUACAACAGUCUUCGCAGAACCUACAGUGGUUGUGAAGUUGUGAUGGGCAAUCUAGAGAUAACCUUUGUGCAACCACACCAUGAUGUGUCGUUCCUUAAGAGUAUUCAGGAAGUUUCAGGUUACGUCCUCAUAGGCCUCAACAAAAUUUCAAGUAUCCCACUGGAGAAUCUUAGGAUCAUACGGGGUCACCGGCUUUAUGAAGACAAAUAUGCCCUUGUUAUUUUGUCAAACAAUGAUCAGGAAAGGAAAUUUGGACUUACUGAGUUACUAUUGAGAAAUCUUACAGAAAUUUUAUUUGGCAGUGUGAAUAUCAUUUCUAACCCACACCUUUGUUACAUGCAAUCCAUUCAAUGGGAUGACAUUUUGGACAAAAGCAUGUUGCCUGAAAUGGCAAUAAACUUCACUGCAAAAAAUUGUUCAAAAUGUCACCCAGAUUGUCAAGAUGGAGCCUGCUGGGGUCCAGGUUUAGAGAACUGUCAGAAAUUCACAAAGAAAAUCUGUGCUCAGCAGUGUUCAGGUCGAUGUAGAGGUCAAAGCCCUAGCGACUGCUGCCACACUCAGUGUGCUGCUGGAUGCACUGGACCUAGAGAAUACGAUUGCCUGGCAUGUCAGAGGUUCAGAGAUGGAGAUACCUGUAAAGAAUCGUGUCCCCGUUUGGAAGUCUACGAUACACGCACGUAUCAACUGAAACCUAAUCCAGAUGGGAAAUACAGUUUUGGAGCAACCUGUGUGAAGAAGUGUCCCCAUAACUAUGUGGUAACAGACCUCGGCUCUUGUGUUCGAACCUGCAGCCCUCGUACAUAUGAGGUAGAUGAAGGAGACCAGAGAAAAUGUAAAAAAUGUGAUGGACCUUGCCCAAAAGAGUGCAGUGGAUUAGGAACAUCAGCAUUGAAGGAUACAAUCUCGAUCAAUUCUUCAAAUAUUGACUCAUUUAAAAACUGUACCAAAAUUAAUGGAAAUGUCAUCUUUUUAUCAGUGGCUUUCAAAGGUGAUUCCUUCACAAAUACAACUCCCAUGCCUCCAGAAAAACUGGAAGUCUUCAGAACGGUGAAAGAAAUAACAGGGUAUUUGUUUAUUCAAAAUUGGCCAGACAAGUUUAAGAAUCUUCAGGUUUUUGAAAAUCUUGAAAUUAUACGAGGUCGAACACAACAUCGUAGCAGCAUAUCAUUUGCUUUGGUGAACCUGAACAUCACUUCUCUGGGAUUGCGUUCACUCAGGGAGAUUAGUGAUGGUCAAGUAAGCAUCAUCAAUAACUCAAAACUCUGCUACGUUGAUACCAUACAAUGGAAGAAGCUUUUCAAAUCAAGCAGGCAAUCCUUGAAAAUAUCACUAAAUAGACCUAAGGGACAAUGCAUUGCUGAAAAUAAAGUCUGCCAUCCGCUGUGUUCAGACAAUGGCUGCUGGGGGCCUGGACCUUCUCAGUGUUUCUCCUGUCGGCAUUAUCAACGUGGAAGAGAGUGUGUUGAGAAGUGCAACAUUUAUGAAGGGGAGAUAAGAGAGUAUCAGAAUGAAAGCAAGUGCAUCCAGUGUGACGCAGAAUGUAAACCUCAGAAUGGGUCCGUAACCUGCGCUAGUUCUGGCAAUGAGAACUGUGUAGAAUGUGCCAAUGUUAAAGAUGGCCCACGCUGUGUAAGCAGUUGUCCCUCUGGAAUUACAGGAGAAAAUAAUACCUUGGUUUGGAAAUACACUGAUGAAAAUAAACAUUGUCAGCUGUGUCACCCAAAUUGUACCCAAGAAUGCAAGGGACCAAGACUUGAGGAUUGUGAACCUGUUGGGUCUCGUAUUCCAUCCAUUGCUGCUGGAAUUGUCAGUGGCCUUCUUGGGUUGGUCAUGGUGGCCUUAUUGAUUGCGAUAUGCAUGAGGAGAAGACAUGUCAGAAAGAAGCGUACCUUGCGACGUUUGUUGCAGGAGCGAGAGCUGGUUGAGCCCCUAACCCCGAGUGGAGCUGCUCCAAACCAGGCCCUCCUAAGGAUUCUUAAAGAGACAGAAUUCAAGAAAAUUAAAGUGCUUGGCUCUGGAGCAUUCGGCACUGUGUAUAAGGGCUUGUGGAAUCCAGAGGGAGAAAAUGUCAAAAUCCCUGUUGCCAUUAAAGUGUUGAGAGAAGCAACUUCCCCAAAAGCUAAUAAAGAAAUCCUUGAUGAAGCAUAUGUAAUGGCAAGUGUCGACCAUCCCCACGUCUGCCGACUCCUGGGUAUCUGUCUCACUUCGACAGUACAACUCGUCACACAGUUGAUGCCUUUUGGCUGUCUGUUGGACUAUAUUCGAGAAAACAAAGAACAUAUUGGUUCCCAGUAUCUUCUCAACUGGUGUGUGCAGAUAGCAAAGGGAAUGAGCUAUUUGGAAGAGCGAAGGUUGGUACAUCGGGACUUAGCAGCAAGGAAUGUUCUGGUAAAGACACCACAUCACAUUAAAAUUACAGACUUUGGACUCGCCAGGCUCCUGGAUGUGGAUGAAAAGGAAUACCAUGAAGAUGGUGGAAAAUUACCCAUCAAAUGGAUGGCACUGGAAUCAAUCCUCCAAAGGACAUUUACCCAUCAGAGUGACAUCUGGAGUUAUGGUGUGACCGUUUGGGAGCUAAUGACAUUUGGGUCUAAGCCUUACGAUGGAAUUCCUGCCUGUGAAAUCCCAUCUAUCUUGGAGAAAGGAGAACGGUUGCCACAGCCUCCAAUCUGUACAAUUGAUGUAUACAUGAUCAUGGUUAAAUGUUGGAUGAUUGAUGCAGAAAGUCGGCCUAGAUUCCGUGAGCUGACCUCUGAAUUCUCCCGAAUGGCCCGAGAUCCAUCACGCUACCUUGUAAUUCAGGGUGAUGAUCACAUGCAUCUACCAAGCCCAACAAACUCACGAUUUUAUCGUACGAUAAUGGAAGAAGAAGAAAUGGAAGAUAUUGUGGAUGCUGAUGACUAUCUUGUUCCUCACCCAGGAUUCUUCAAUAGUCCUUCCACAUCAAGGACACCGUUAUGUCCAUCAGUGAGUAUGACAAGCAACAACUCAUCAACGUUAAUUCCCAGAAAUGGCCAUGAAGGAAUGCCCAAGAGAGAAGACAGUGAAAUUUUACGCUAUAGCUCUGAUCCAACAAUGCCCCCUGAUCAUGUUGACAUAAAUGGAUGUUUCCAACCAGCCCCAGAAUACGUCAACCAAAUUAGGGAUAAGCCACUUCCUAACACCUUGAGAAGCCCAGCUUCUGAUAUGGAAAACCCAGGCUACCAAGAGCUUUUUAUUCCUGUCAACCACAAUGGCAGGCUUCACGAUUCCAGUGAACCAGUGAGCCCAUUCACUGACUCAGUGAAAAACCCAGAGUAUGUGAAUACCUUCCAACCGAGUAACAAAGUAGUUGUUGAGCAUCCAAAUCACUGCGACCAGAAUAUAACCCGCAAUGUAAGUCUGGACAAUCCUGAAUACCAGCAGAAUCGUUUUCCAAAACAUACAAAGGUGAAUGGUCACAUUUUUAAUAUUGCAGCUGAGAAUCCAGAGUAUCUUGGUGUUGUGGUGCCACCUACAGGUCAAAAGAAUUCUACAGUAUGACAUUCUACAAAUAUGACAAUUUUUCCACAACAACUGAUGACGCAACUGUGUGGUGACUUUGAGGUGCAUCAAUGCUUGGGUACGGUUACAAAUAUUUCUAACGAUGAGACUGGGACAUCAAAACAAUGUGAAUAUUUUCUUCUAACUAAAACAAGACAUUAAGAUAUUACUGGUGAUGGAAAUUUACUUUGACAAUUUAAGUUAGGUUUAAGCGACCUAGAAAUGAAAUAGAAUAUAGUUUUGUGGAGUAGCAUUCCAGGUUUGUUUUUAUCACUAAAUUGCAUCUUUGAUAUAUGUGUGGAUAAUGUAUAAAGUUUUAAAUAGAAUCACUUUUUUUCUCAGAAUUCAGAAACCCUUGUCAGGGUUUUGAUUCACAAUAUCCCCUCCAUAUAGCUGAAUGUAAUCUUCUCAUCACAAUGCCUGCAUAUUUAUGUUAUGCAAAUAAUUUAGAUUUUAAAGCUUUUAAAACCUUUUAUCUUAGUAUUUCCAAGAAAAUAUUAAAUUUAGUGUCCAAGCAAUAUGUGUGGUUAUGUGAUGUGGAUGUUAAUAUCCAGAUAAACAGGCACUAGAAUCGCAUGGUGCUGGCUAUCUUUGUGAGAAAUAAUGAAGAUGGUCAAAAUGUGAAAUAAACAAAGUGUCAUCAAUGUGUUUCCUUGUAUGGUACACAAGCUAAUUUUUCCUACUGAUUUGCUUAGACUCGAUCUUCAAACUGACUUUAAUCUUCAUGAUGUUUCAAUUUGCUUGCUGUAUUACCUUUCCUGACUCAAUUUGCUUUAUUGAAAACUAUUUGAGUUUUGCCUAUAACUGUGAUGAAGCACUACAUUUACUUAAACUUCAACUGUUUCGUCCCUCAAUGCCUCCAUCUUCCCAAACAUAAAAGGAAAAGAAACCUACCCCUUUAGUCUGCGUUACUUCAAGUCAAUAUUAUGACCUUCAAGUUUAUUUUUUGUUGUCCAAUUCCUGAUUGCAAGGUCAUGACUUGGGGGCAGGGUUCUGAAACAUAACAGGAUUAUUAAUUAUCAUCAUUCACAGAAUCGUUACACCACUGAAGUAGGCCAUUCGCCCCAUCAAUACCUGCACCAGUUCUAGAUUAAAUCAAAUUUAUUAAUGAAGAAACAGUAAAAUACUUCAGGUACUCGCAGUUUGAAAUAAAAACAUUAGAUAGUGGAAACACAAUGCAUUUCACAGAGUAUCUGUGUCUAGUGUUUGCUGUCUUCACAAAUCUUCUGAUCCUUCAUCAAAACCUUUAGCCCCUUUCUUUCUUGAUCUGCACAGAUGCUGCUUAACCUAUUGAGUAUUUCCAUUUUUUUUAAAGAUAGGUACCGCUUUUUAUCUAUGAUUAAUGCAUAAAGUAGUUUUAGAAUCAAAAGUGGAGAACUAAAAUAUUGUAUGAAUCUACCUAUUUUUAAAACUUAUUAAUUAUUUUACUAUUAAUUCAAUGUGAUACAUUCCUUCUCAAAUUCACAUCUGAAUAUCUUCAUUGAUCACUAUGACAAACACCUGAAAGUAUUGGACAAGAUUCAAUGCCCAAUUUAUUGCCAUAGGCUAGUAUUGAUGCCACAAUUAAGACCUGUAUCACUGAUGAGAUAUCCAAAUUUAAUGGGUACCAUUUUCUUAAAGCCUGUGAAUUUUAAAUGUAAUGGAACCUUUUCAUCAACAACUUAUGUUGCAAUGCCUCCUUUGCCUGGAAGUUCAAAGUAACAGAGUGGUGCGGGGCAAAAUUGAACAUUUCUCUUCCUGGGUCAGAACGCUCCAAAUGCUGAUUGCAAAAAUCAAAUAUGUCUUUUUUUUAUCUGUUCACCAUUAACUUUUUCUCAGAAUCAUUUGUGCACCUAUCUUCGACAGUCUGCAGCUGUUGCAGAACAUUCCUGGGAGUCAUUUGAAAAUUAUUGUAAAUGUUUUGAGCAACAGAAAAUCUCAAAUAAUUGGGAGGACUUGUUAAAUGAUUCCAGGUGACUAGCAGGCACAUACACAAUGGGCCAAAUGGCUUCCGCCUAUGAUGUAACUUUCCAUGAUUCUAUAAGCAGUGAGACAAAUGAUCCUCCCUAUCUUGAAUAAUGUUAGGAUAUUCAAAUAAAUGUGCUAAUAUUAAUAAUAAAAAUGGUCAAUAUUUAAAUUUAAAUUUAAAUAAAUCAGAAUGUAGGUCUCUGUGGACUUUUCUUGGAAAUGGGAAGGAGGGUUUGGUAUCCAAGUAUCUUUCUAGGAUCGACUUGCUCAAUUAUUUCCCCUUCUGACCACCACACUAAUUGAGUCCUAACACAGUGUGGAGCUGGAGGAUCACAGCAGGACAGGCAGCGUCAGAGGAGCAGGAAAGUUUCAGAAAUUCUUCAGACCUUCCUCUAGCUCCACACUGUUAUCUCUGACUCCAGCAUCGGCAGUUCUUACUUUCACUGAUUAAGCCCUGGUCUAUUGGGGAUUCUCUUGACUGACCAACAUUUAAGUCCAAUAAGUGGUCAAUUAAUUGUUGAUAAUGGCCUUAACUCACAACCAAUUCUGAUUUAUGCACUGACCUCACAGAAUGCACGGUUUCUUUGCCCCAAUUUCUCGAUCCGGGGAAAGGCCUGUCACUGGUUAUUAAGACCAUAUGUCAGAACAAAGAAUGCCAUUCAGUCCCUCUCAUUCAAUAACAUCAUGACUUCCUCCAUGCCAGCUCCUCAUAGUCCUCAAUUCCUCAAUAUUUCACAAAUCUAUCUACCCACCCUUUAGAUGCUAUCAGGGACCUAGCCUCCACAACACUCUGGGGUAGAGAAUUCCAGACAUGCACUAUACCCUGAGAGAAGAAAUUUCUUUGUUUUUAAGCUUAAAUCCAUAUCUCUUUAUUCUGUAAUUGUGUCCCCAGUUCGACAUUGCUCCAUUAGUGGAAGUAUCUUCUCAACAUCUUUCCUGUCAAGGCAGCUCAGAAUUUUGUAUGUUACAAUAAGAUCUCUCCUCAAUCUUCAAAAUUGAAUAAAGAUCAAAUGUAUUUAUCCAUUUUUGGUUAGUCAACCCCUUCAUCCCAAGAAAUCAGCCGAGAGAAUCUCUUUUGAACUGCCUCCAUUAUCAAUCUAUCCUUUCUUAACUAUAGGAGCCCAAACACAGUACACAGUACUCCUGGUGUGACCCAAAGAAUAUCCUAUACAGUUAGAACAAGACUUCCCUAUUUUUAAACUCCAACACCCUCAAUAUAAAAGCCAAAAUUCCAUUUGCUUCUUAAUUACUUGUUGCAAAUGUAUAUUAAUGGUUUGUUUCGAUGUAUGAGAAUAUCCACAUCUCUCUGUGUUGCAUUUUCUUGGAGUCUCUUUACAUUUAAGUAAUAGUCUGUCUUUUGAUUCUUCCGACCAAAGUGCAAGACCUCAGAGUCCUAUAUUAAUCUUCAUCUGCCAAAUUUUUGCUCACUCACAACCUAUUUGUCUCUCCUUGCAGUAUCUUUAUGUCCUUAUGUCCUUAUGUUGUUUCAUCAACAAAUUUGGAUAUAUUACAUCAUUAAGUCACAAGUAUGCGUAGGAAAUAACUGAGACCCUCGGACUUGUGGUACACAACUAGUUAUGUCUUUUUGACAUGGAAAAGCCUGAUUAAUUCUGACUCUUCAAUAUGUUAAGCAAACCUCAGUCUGUGCAAAUAUAUUAUAUCCAAUAACAUGAAGUCUUGUGCAAUAAGCUUUUAUGUGGUACCUGAUUGAAUGCUUUCUGGAAAUCCAAGCACACUACACCUACUGGUUCUGCUGAUUGUAUUUUCAAAGAAUGCCAGAAAAUUUUUCAAAUGUAAUUUUGUUUUCAGAAAACCAUGUCGAUUCUGAUCUUGUGAAGAUUUACUAAAUGCCCUAUUUCUUCCUUAAUGAGUGUCUGGUACUUAAUAUAGGGAGGCCUUCCGCAAAGAAGGCUAAGUGGGACAUUUUGCCAGAUCUGAAACCAAUGGGUGAGACCCCUAGCAACUGGAUUAAAUAUCUGAUCUGCCCCUGACUGGUGGUACUUCAUUGAACAAUGUAAAUGUAUUACUGAAAGCUGAAUGUCUUUUUGUGGCCUUUCUAUUUUCUGGCUAUAUCUUUAAUUAUUCCAAACAAUUUAAAAUGUGGUCAUUAAUGUAAUGUUUGCAUGUGAUAAUAAAUUUGAUUAAGGUAAGGUAACAAUUGUGAAGCGUGGAAGACGGCUGAGUUAUAUGGAUGAAGGACAAUGGAAGGCAGGGUAAUUUAAAAACAUGUUUUAACAAUAUGAAUGGUUUCCCAUUUUAAAUAAUGUGCAUUUUUUGCAGGCAAAUGUUGCUGAGAUUUAGUAAUUUAAAAAAAAUUCUUGAUUUGAUGCACUAUUUGUAUAAAGGUGAAAUCCAGACUUUUUAUAUUGUGUAUUGAUAAUAAGAAUUUGUGUAUGCAUAUAUGUAUAUUGAGUCUUGAAAAAAGGAAUGUAUACUACAGUGUAAACAUUUUCAAUCAUUUGUCAAAUAUUUUGAUUGUUCUGUCUUGCAGAAGCAAACAUUUAAGAUUUUAUGCACAUUAAGUUUUCUGGAAACAUUUGCAAGUUUUAUUUGAUUUAGCAGAAAUCAUUUGAUACGUCACAGUUACAUAACACAAUUGGUUAUUCCGGUCUUUUUGUAGUAAACAUGUUCAUUGAUCACUGCCAAUUCAUUAUUACCUGUAUUUACCAUUUUACAACAGCUUGGCCUAAAACCAAUUACAUGCUGUAUUUGCAAGACCAUUACUAUUUUUACAUGUAUAUUUUACUGAAUUUGUUUUCGUUUUCAGAGAAGUAUGAAACCACUAGCAUGAUAUGUUACUGAAAUAAAAGGUU